AAGGGCAAUCAAAAUUUCACUGUGCAAGCAUCAGGCCAAGGAAAAGCAACAAUGGUUAUUGCAACAGUGUACAAUGCAAGGAUGCAAGAAAAUGCACUACAGUGCAAGAAAUUCAGUCUUGACGUCAGUAUUGAACCUCUUCAGUUAGAUCAGAAGCAGCUCAAGGGAGCCUUGGAGGCUGUCAAAAUCAAAAUUUGUACCAGGUAUCUUGGUGAGGUUGAUGCCACAAUGACAAUCAUUGAUGUUUCCAUGCUUGCUGGUUUUGCCCCUGAUAAUGAUGACCUUAAGAGGCUUUCUGAGGGAGUCAACAGAUACAUCUCCAAGUUUGAAGUUGACAACGUUAUGACUGACAGAGGGAACCUCAUCAUUUAUUUGGACAAGGUCUCUCACAGGGAGGAUGAAUGCCUACAAUUUAAAGCUUACAAGUAUAUUGACGUUGAUCUCCUACAGCCGGCAUCGGUCAAAGUGUACAGCAAUUAUAAUCUCGAUGAGCAGUGCACCAAAUUCUACCAUCUAACCAACGGAAGUGCCUUGCUCAGUAGUAUGUGCCACCCUGAUGUUUGCCGGUGUAUAGAAGAAAACUGCUCUUUGCUCAACAAGAUGAAGAAAGAAGACAUUGAUCCGGCAAUUCGAGUUAAAUCCGCCUGCAGGCCAGGAGUAGGUUACGGUAAUGGCCAUCUAGAUUGCAGAAUCCUGUACAUGAGCCAGUGACUAUAUUUAAAUAGUAAUGGUUCUUCUUCGUGGCCUCCAUGAAUCACACAUAUGGGUUUUGUAGCAUGCAUGAGCAGAGCUUCGGAACAUUCUAGAACUUAAAGAAUAGACCGUUAGUCUCCUCCCCCUCCCACUGUGCCUGUAUUGGCAUCAAAAUAGCCAGCCCUCUCAGUCCCUUUUAGACAUUGAUCUGCAGAUUCAAGUUAAAUUAGCUUGCAAACCAGGAGUAGAUUAUGGUAAUGGUCAUCUAGAUUGAAGAAUCAUGUAAAUGAGCCAGUGAAAAUAUUUGAAUCAUAAUAGUUAAUACACUUAGCAAAAGCUAGUCCUUGGGGGUUAGUGCUUCAAAGUUCUUCCUGGCAAAUUUGGCUGGCUGCUUCCAUGCAGUUUCCCUUUGGUGAGCUCCCGCUAUAAAUAUAUACACAGUACCCUUUUCUACAGCCACACCACUGUGGCUAAUUGUGCCUAUCAGAUUUCAGAUGCACCAUUACAACUCAUCUGUCCCACAGUUGUUAGUUUAUGUGCUAUCAAGUUGCAUCCAUCCUAAGAUUCCCUUGACAUUUAGUCCAGUCGUUGUAAGCUUAUCUGUUCUCCUAGAAUAAACAGCUCAGAAUAGAGAGGUUCCAGGUCUGGUUGACCCCUAUUUAA